AGGGUUUGAGACGUUUGUCAGUUGCUUUGUUGUGAGUGUUGCUUCAUCUUCUUGACCGGGUUGGACGAAUUGAAAUCGUAUAAUUCUCGAAGCGACAAGUGCAUCUGUUAUUGAUACAUAUCUAGUAAUCAAUCCUUUUACGUAGUAAAAUUGCUUUAAGGAGACAUCAUGCCUUGUAUUGUGCCUACAUGCCUUCGUAGCGACAAAGAAAUGAUGACGUUCCCAGAGGACCGAACACUCGCAUCAAGAUGGCUUGAGGCAAUCGAAAUGGGCUCUGGACACUCGAUGGAAUUGGCGGAAAAUGAAUGUCAACCGCAAAUAUGCAGCCUACAUUUCAUGUGUUUCGACAAGAAUGGCGAAAACUACGAGGAACCGUCCAACUUCAUACACCGCAAUAAAAACUGCACACAAAUUUCCGGCUGCCGAAUGUGUUUAUCUUUCCACCCGACCGAGGAUAUGGUAUCCUUAAAAGGUACUCUAGGCGAGCAAAACAUUGCCCCUCUUCUGGAAUUGUUAGAAAUAGAUUUUCACGAAAAUCAAUUCCUUCGAAUGAUUUGUUUGGUAUGCUUGGCUAGGAUAGAAAUAUUCGCUUCUCUGCACACAAGCUUCAGGCAAUCGGAGGAAGCCUUUCAAGAGUUGCUUCAGAAAAGCCGAAAAACGGAGUUCCUUGAGGUCAAAGUAGAGAUUAGUUCACCGCAGUAUGAUACCGUUGGAGAUAAAUAUUCUACGGAAUCGGAGCCAAACUCCAACCAGGAUGCUAGUGACGACGAGUACAUUCCAAAAACUUCCCGGAAUCGUAAAAUCCAGGAUCGUAAGAUCCAGAACCGUAGCACCCGGAGUCGGAGUGUUAAUCCUUUGAAGAUUUCUUUCAACAAUGAUAAAAAACCAUCCGAGAAAUCGCUCAGUUCAAAGGAGAAAAUAGAUCGAAACUGUUACAUAUGUGAUACCAUUCAACCAGAUGCCAACGAGUUGAUGAUACAUCUUGUGGUAAAUCACACCUCCGGAAAGUGUUAUCGAUGUGACGAAUGUUCACUGGAUUUCCCUUUGCUGCAUGUAUAUAAUCGCCACCUUAGUCGGCACGAUGAUUCCAACAAACCGUAUAAAUGCAGCAUUUGUGCAGUGAGAUUCUCGUCCAGUUAUUUGGUCAAAAUACACGAAAACAGAGUUCAUAAUACCAACCACAACGUGAAACGGGCUUCGUUUAAAACGCAUAAUGUGGUUUGUGACCAAUGCGGGAAGGUUUGCGAUACCCGCAGGAUUAAAGAACACAUCCAAAAGGUUCAUGAGAAAUCGACUUAUACGAAAUGCACUAUAUGCGAUAAAACAUUCUCCAUCAAGGCCAGUCUCGAACGCCACAUGUUGGUACACACAAAAGAAAGACCCUACAGUUGUGACCAGUGUGAUAAAACCUUCAAACGUUUACUUGAUUACCGCCACCACAAAAGCUUGGUGCACGAGGGUGUAAAUCCGCACGUUUGUGCCAUAUGCAACGAAGAAUUUAAUCACUACCGAUUGCUGUACAAUCAUAAGCAGAUAGUGCAUCUGAAGAAAGGUGUCAAACCGAAGGGAGAUCCUUCACGUUUAAUCUACAAACAGUACGUACCGUGUAAACUGUGUCGAAUGCAGUUUUCAAAGGGCAGUGAGCUGAUAGCACACAUUCAAAGUGAACACUCGGAAGACUAUCCAGUGCUCGAAUGUCCCCAUUGUCCAGAGACGUUUUUGCUACCGUCCCGUCUAUCGAAACACAAGCAAAUCCAUUUGGAAAAAUAUAUGUGCAAAAUAUGCGGUGUCCAUCAUGAGAACAAGAGGGCCCUCGAAUCUCACAUGGAUACCAAUCACUCAGACGGUCAGAUGUUUCCGUGUUCUGACUGUUCUGCAAAAUUUGUGAGUCGCUUCAAGCUUCAGCGGCAUAGUGUCGUACAUACCAAAGGAAAGCAGUUCCAGUGCGAGUAUUGUGAAAAAUCCUUUGUGCAGAAGAUUCAACUAGUUAUCCAUACGCGAAUCCACACCGGGGAGAAACCCUUCGAGUGCGCCGGAUGUUUUAAGCGUUUCAGUGACGAUAGGACUUUUUGCAAGCACAAAAAAGUCUGCAAGGAGCUACUCAGCAAGAUAGCUGAAGAAUCGGAGAGCGUAGAAUACGAAUAAACUGGUUACGAAGCGUAUAUUGUAUAAAAA